AAGGAGGGUGGGAUGCUGGAGUUGUAGAUUUUCCAAUUGGACAUUUGGGAAGCCAAUAGAAAAACGGAUGAAAUUUGCAUUUUGGGAAUAGAGGGAAGGUAGGCAAUGGGUUUGAUAUAGGCUUAGGCGAAGGUGGUGGCGUUAUGUCCCUCGGCACUCUUGGAGUUGGUGGCGAUACUGGUGGCUCAACUUCCACGGUUGGGGGAGCAAGUUUUGGAGUUUCCUGGGGUGGUUCGGUGGGCGGCGAGAAAGUAUCCGGAGCCGGAGAUGUUGAGGUUGGUGGUGGCAAUGUUGGUGGUUCAGAGGGAGGCAAGGUAGUUCUUGGAGCUGAUUUUCUUGGCGGGUUAGUGGGUGCCAAGAAACUCUUUGGAGGUGAUCUUUUUGGUGUGUUACUGGGUGCCAAGGACCUCUUUGGAGGUGAUUUUGAUGGCGGUUUAGAGGGUGCCAAGAAACUCUUUGGAGGUGAUCUUGUUGGUGGUUUAGUGGGUGCCAAGAAACUCUUUGGAGGUGAUUUUGAUGGCGGUUUAGAGGGAGCCAAGAAACUCUUUGGAGGUGAUUUUUUUGGUGGCUUGGAGGGAGCCAAGGAAGAUUUUGGAGAUGAUUUUGGUGGCAUUGUAGGUGUCAAUGUAGAUCCACUAGGAGGUGAGUUUGAUGACAUGGGAGCUGGUGGUGCUUCCGGUUGCGAAAUGGGUGGUGGUGUGGAAGUUGGAAAGGGUGGCAAAGGAGGCAAUUUAGGCCUAGGUAGAGGAGGCAAAGCAUGAAACUUUUGCACAGGUGAUAAAUUCUCAGGAUUAUGCAGGAGAUAACGAGAGGCUGCGGCCAUAUAAUUGUUACUAUUAGAGCAUAAAAAUGGAGAAAUGAAGAGGAAAGCUAUGAUCAUUAGAUAAUGGGUAAAAGAAGAAGCCAUGUGUAGAGGAUGGAUGAACCAAAUUGACUUGUGAAUAAUGUUGUGCAAAGUAGAGAUUGAACUUAAUAUGUAUAUAUAUAUAUAUACAGAUAAUCUUCAAGUGGAAAUCAAUUAUAGCAUUUGGGUACAA